UGUUGCCAUCAGCAAGUGCUUCCCAAGUGGCACCAGGCUGCUCUGCCACUGCUUUGCGCUGUUUAAAUUUCUUGGGGUCUCCUUGAAGUGUUCCAGUCAUGGCUUCCAAAGUCAUACCUUGGUAUAAGAAGAAGCAUGUGAGCCAAGUCAAAACUGAUUAUGCUUAUCAGCACACUAAACAUGUUUCCAAGCAGCACACAGAAAGGAAAUCAAGCUCUAAAUUGCUGAGUGAGGUGCAGGCCCAGGCCACAGAGGCUAUGGCAGAACAAGCCUAUACCAUACCGGCGUUCCGACAGAGGACUGCUGAGGAGACUGAGGAAUACCAGAGAGUGAGCAAAAAUGUUGGGAGAGGACUGACCGUUAUUCAGGAAGAGCUUCACAGGAUGAGGAUCGCCACUAAGGCCCAAGUGGAAAGUCUUGAAAUUCAGAAAGAGGUUAAGGGCAUGAUGACAAAGAGGUUGGAUUUGUUGGAGGAAUUCCCUAAAAUGCCAGACUUCCUGGUGGCCCUGCGGCCACACACUGUGUGGGAGAAGACUCCUGUCAAGCUGUUCUGCACUGUGGAGGGAAACCCAAGGCCCAUUGUUAAAUGGUAUAAAGAUGGUGUGCCAGUAGACCCACUGAGCGUCCCAGGAAAGUACAAGAUUGAGAACAAGUAUGGAGUCCAUGGUUUGAUCAUUAGCAGGUGUGUUGUGAGUGAUACUGCUGAGUACUCUGCUGUGGCAACCAACCAGCAUGGCACAGCUACCAGCAAGGCUAAAGUUACUGUGAAGAGACCAGCAGGAGCCGGGGAGUCCUGCCAGCUUGGUCUAGUGCCUUAUCUGACUGAUAUCCAUGCCAGUAAGCUAGAGGUCACCCUGCUCAACCGGUUCCCAGUGUCUUUUGGUGUGGAGGGCAGCUCCAUCAGACUGGUGUGUACCAUGGUGGUUGUCCCCGAUCUCCCUAAUGUACCACCCUACGCCCAGUGGUACAGAGAUGAUAAACUGUUAAAACCAAGCAAACUGGUAGAGAUGUCAGUGGGCGGAGGCGCUGCCUCUCUUACUCUGCCUCACCUGGCCAAAGAUGACGAGGGCCUGUACACGCUUCGGAUCUUUACGAAGGAUGGCACCGCUGAGCAUAGCGCCUACUUGUUUGUCUCCGAUGCUGCUCCCUCUGCACCUGGAGUCCCCGGUGCACCAAUGAGCAUAAAGGCCUAUGACGUCAACUCAGACUAUGUCCUGGUUGCUUGGAAACCCCCAAACACCGUCAAUGAGCCGCCCAUCACCGGAUACUUUGUGGAUCGGUGUGAAGCUGGCACCGACACUUGGGUCCAGUGCAAUGAUGCCCCAGUGAAAAUCUGUAAAUACCCAGUGCAUGGCUUGAAGGUGGGCCAUUCCUACCACUUCCGGGUCAGAGCCGUGAACAGCAGCGGUAUCAGCAGGCCUUCGCGCAAGUCAGACAAAGUGACGGCCCUGGAUGCUGCAGAGAGUGAAAGACUGCAAGUGAUUAAAAUUGAAGGAAAGCACGACAUAGUGAUAAAGGAUGAUGAGCUGGAAGGCUACGUAACUAUACCAGGUGAACCCACAAAUGUGCACGCGUCCGAAAUUUUCAAGUCGUAUGUCGUGCUGAGCUGGAAGCCCCCGAGACCUCGUGGCCGCGCUCCGCUGUGGUACGUCAUCGAGAAGUGCUUAGCAGGCACUGGAGAAUGGCAGCAGAUCAACACAGCAGUCAGACUGCACUCCCCUCGUUACCCGGUUUUUGAUUUGCAAGACGGGAAAAAGUACCAGUUCCGAGUAUAUUCGGUCAACAUGUAUGGCUCCAGUGAGGCCUCCGCGCCCUCUGAGCCCAUCCAAAAGGUUGAUGAAGACGGUAUCGAGCUUCCAAUUGGUGUCCCCUCUGCUCCCGGUCAAGUUGUUGCUACUAGGAACACCAAGUCAUCCGUGUUUGUGCAGUGGGACCCCCCCAAACACCAGAAAAACCUCAUGGGAUAUUACAUCGAUGGCCGCAUCGUUGGAGCCAAGGAAUGGUUCCCCUGCAACCACAAACCCUUCAAACAUACCAGGUUUGUGGUGCAUGGCCUGAUCCCAGGGGAGAGCUACGUGUUCCGUGUGCAAGCCGUCAACCUGUUCGGCCUCAGUGAGGAGUCUCAGGAGUCCUCUCCCAUCGCCGUGGAGCCUGCCCUCGCAACUCCCAGCGCUCCCUUUGGCAUCACCAUGCUGAGCUCUGAUGGGUCCUCCAUAACUGUGGCCUGGAAGAGUCCCAAACACUGCGGUGGCUCCAAGAUCAACGCCUACUACAUUGAUAAGCGGGACGCGGAUACUUUACUCUGGAAAGAGGUCAACCUAAGUGCUGUCACGGAAAGAAUGUGCACUGUGGAAAAUCUGAAGGAGGGAACCUUUUACGAGUUCAGAGUCACAGCCGGUAACGUGGCUGGUGUCGGUCUGCCAUCAGCUGCAAGUCGUCCAAUGAAAUGUGAAGCUUGGACCAUGGAAGAGCCAGGCCCAGCCUAUGACUUGAGCUUCAGUGAGGUCAGAAGUCACUCUCUGGUCGUCCUGUGGAAGGCUCCCGUUUAUACUGGAGCGAGUGCUGUCACUGGAUACUUUGUGGACAUGGCUAAGAAGGGCUCAUCAGAGUUUGUCACUCUGAAUCAGGAAACUGUGCACCGUCAUUACCUGCAGGUGUCUGGACUGGAGGAAGGUGAAAGCUACGUGUUCAGAGUUCGUGCUGUCAAUGCACAUGGCAUCGGAAAGCCUUCCCAGCUGUCUGAGCCAGUCGUCGCUAAAGCUCUUCCAGGCACUAAGGAGAUUGUGGGUGGUGUGGACGAGGAAACCGGAGACGUCUUCCUGUCUCUUGAGGCUUGUGAGAUCUGCGAGACGUCCAAGUUUGUGUGGUCGAAGAACUACAAGCCCAUCGGUGACUGUCCCAGAGUGGCCGUCACAGCUAAAGGCAGAACCUCCAGACUUACUUUCACCAACCCCGAUAAGGAUGAUUUGGGCAGAUACUCUGUGGUCGUCACCGACACAGAUGGGGUCUCUGCCAGCCACACUCUUACUGAGGAUGCCCUGAACACCAUGCUGGAGCUGAGCUAUGCCAUCAGACAUCCAGUUGUUCCUCUGAAACACGGUCUGAACUAUGAGAUCCUGGAGAAAGGUCACGUGCGUUUCUGGCUGCAGGCUGUCAAAAUUUCACCGUCUGUGUCCUACAGAUUCAUUGUCAAUGACAAAGAAGUCACCAGUGGGGAGGGUCAUAAGAUCAGUCACGAUGUGGCGACUGGAAUCAUCCAGAUGACGGUGGAUCAUUUCACCAGAGCCAACGAGGGCACGUACACUGUUCAGAUCCACGACGGCAAGGCCAAAACCCAGAGCUCCCUGGUCCUGGUGGGAGAUGUGUUCAAGGCUGCUCUGAAGGAAGCUGAGUUUCAGAGGAAAGAGCACAUUAGGAAGCAAGGUCCACAUUUCUCUGAGUAUCUGUAUUUUACUGUCACUGAGGAUUGUACCGUUAUGCUCGUCUGCAAGACAGCCAAUGUGAAGAAGGAAACAACUUUAUACUGGUACAAAGACGAUGAGGAGAUUGUACCAGAGACUCCCCCCAAUGUCAUGUCUGGAUCCUGCGCUCUUCCCCUCCCACUGUUCUCCAGAAAAGAUCACGGUGUUUACAAAGCCAUGCUCAGUGACGACAGAGGAAAGGACACAUCUGUGUUUGACAUUUCAGGCAAAGUGUUUGAUGACAUCAUCAACGCCAUCGCCCAGAUUGCUGGUGCGUCUGCCUCUGAUCUGGUGCUGCAGUGUACUCCAGAGGGAAUCAGACUGCAGUGCUACAUGAACUACUACACAGAGGAGAUGAAAACCAUCUGGAAGCACAAGGAGAGUAAGAUCGCCUCCUCUGAGAAGAUGAGGAUUGGCGGUACAGCUGAGAUGGCCUGGAUGCAGAUCUGUGACCCGUCCGAUAAGGAGAAGGGUCAUUACGCCAUCGAGAUCUCAGACGGCAUCAAGACCCACACCCGCACGUUUGACCUCUCCGGACAAGCAUACACGGAUGCCUAUGAGGAGUACCUAAGGCUUAAGGCAGCUGCAUUUGCUGAGAAGAACCGCGGCAGAGUGGUUGGUGGUCUGCCAGAUGUGGUCACUAUUAUGGAACAGAAGUCUUUGAGCCUGACCUGCACCGUGUGGGGCGAGCCUACUCCCGAGGUCACCUGGUUCAAGAACGAGCAGGAAGUCGCCUCCACUGAGCACACCAGGGUCACGUUUGACGGUGGCAAGUUUGCCAGCCUCGUCAUUAACAAAGUCACUCCGGAAGACUCCGGGAAGUACAGCAUCAAUGUACGGAACAAGUACGGUGGCGAGUUUGUGGAGAUCACCGUCAGCGUCUACAGGCACGGAGAGCAGAUCCCCGAGCCCAAACUGGGGCAGCCCAAAACAGCCGCAGCCACGCCUGUGCCGCCAAAGUCCCCAGCUCCCCCUUCCAAGACCCCAACCCCCACUCCUUCUAAAACCCAGACCCCAGCGCCAUCGAUGAAGAGCCCAACUCCAACCCCCACAUCUACCCCGCUCUCCAAGUCUCCAACCCCGACCCCGAAGUCUCCUACUCCACCUCGCAGUGUCAAGUCUCCAACUCCACCCAGAUUCAUGAAGUCUCCGACUCCACCAAGGAAGUAGAAGGUGGUGUUAGGGGGAUUAGUGCUGGCUGUUAAGCAACACUGAUUUAUAAGCAUGGGUGUGAAACAAUGAGCUCUUACUUUAAGGUUUAUUUAGAUGUAGAUAAUGUCAAAGUCCCACUUUGGAAACUGCUGCUUACUCUGGACUACACCUUUCAGUCAGUAGGCUGUCAUUUGUCUUUAAACUGGUUGCUUCUGACACAAGAAAUAAACACAAAGAACAAUAAAAGGUCUUUGUAGAUUCAUUUUAAAGUUUUAAAAGCUGCAACCUUCCACUGUGCAGUGUCAGUGGAAUGCCUGCAACCAGCUGUGUAUGUCAAAGGAUACUUAUGCUUUAUUGCAACUUGGGUCUUAGUGCCACAACUAAAAGUAAGUCAUAUGGGCCACAAGCUGUCAGACAGUGAACUAUGUUACAAACAGAGAAGCAAAACUUUGGAGGACAAAAUAAAAGAGAAUAUUAAAAAUGACCCAAACUGUCCAUCAUAAAUACUCCACCAAAGGUAUUUAGUUUUAUACUCCAUACUUACUGUGGUUGUGUGUGCAAUGAAGGAUUAUUACCAUAACAUUUUAGGUUUCACCUCCAAUUAAGUGGUUAACCCGGAUCGGAUCCGUUACCGUGUUUCCCACAUUUAGCGCUUAAGUCAACGAGUGCGAUAUUAUAAAAACCACAGAAAUAAGAUCCACGUUGUAAUACAGCAGAAUUAUCCAUGAAACUGGAUGAUCUGGGAGUCAGAAGGUACAGACCUGGGGUAAUGUUGUCAGCACCUGGGUGAAAAUUUACCACCAAACACCAGAUUACUACGUGCUCCUUUAUUACAGCCAUUUUUCUCCCAGGUAAAUGUUAUCAUCUGGAGGUGAGCUAUCCUGUGAAUACAAAUAUUCACUUCCAGCCCUGAUCUCUGUACCCAAGAGGUUCUUCUGUCUGUGACAUGUUGUGCUUCCCUCCCCAGUGCUUUGUGAUGGCAAUAAACUUUACUUCUCAACCUCC